AUGACAUAUCGUAGGACUAGGACCUUCGCCUCACUUCCUUCAUCCCCUCCCUCUCCGUUUCUGUGUUUUCUCGCUCAUCAGGCGAUCAAAACAAAGCGAACGGCAUUUUAAAAAAAAAAAAUUAUUUGUUUAAAUUUGCAGAGGCGGAAAGGGCGUCCCUUCAGGAGAUAAUAAGCUACAUUCUCUUUUGAUCAGCUGAGUCCCAAGCAAAUUUACAGUACACCAUGCUUGGGAAUGGAGUAAUCGGGAUCCUCUCCGAGUCUUGCAAUAAGUGGGAAAGGAGGGUGCCUCUGACCCCAUCACACUGUGCUCGACUUCUACACAGUGGAAGGGAUAGAAGUGGAGUGGCUCGCAUUAUCGUGCAGCCAUCCACAAAACGCAUUCAUCACGAUUCACAAUACGAGGAUGUGGGGUGUGAAAUAUCAGAUGACUUGUCAGACUGUGGCCUCAUCUUGGGUGUUAAACAACCGAAGCUGGAGAUGAUUCUUCCCCAAAGAGCGUACGCCUUCUUCUCCCAUACGCACAAGGCCCAGAAAGAAAACUUGCCUUUGCUAGAUAAGAUACUCACUGAGAGGGUGUCGUUAUUUGAUUAUGAGCUUAUCGUUGGGGACCACGGGAAAAGGUUGCUUGCGUUCGGAAAAUAUGCUGGUAGAGCUGGAUUAAUUGACUUCCUACGUGGGUUAGGACACAGGUAUCUAAGUCUUGGAUAUUCAACACCUUUCCUCUCACUGGGUGCAUCCUACAUGUAUCCUUCCUUGGUUGCUGCCAAGGCUGCUGUAAUUUCAGUGGGUGAAGAAAUAGCAACUCUUGGACUGCCAUCUGGAAUUUGUCCGCUGAUCUUCGUAUUCUCUGGUUCAGGAAAUGUUUCUCUUGGUGCACAAGAAAUAUUUAAGCUUCUUCCUCAUACAUUUGUGGAUUCAAGUAGGCUUCCAGAGCUAUUUGAGGUGGCCAGGGAUCUCACUCAACCUGCACGCGCAUCAAAGAGAGUCUUCCAAGUAUAUGGUUGUGUUGUGACUUGUCAAGAUAUGGUUAAACAUAAAGAUCCCACAAAAGUAUUUGACAAAGCUGACUACUAUGCGCAUCCAGAACACUACAAACCAAUUUUCCAUGAAAAAAUAGCUCCAUACACAUCUGUAAUAGUGAAUUGCAUGUAUUGGGAGAAAAGAUUUCCUCGGUUGUUGAGUACCAAGCAACUUCAAGAUCUCAUUGGGACAGGAUGUCCACUUGUUGGAAUCUCUGAUAUAACUUGUGAUAUAGGGGGAUCCAUUGAGUUUGUUAACCAAACCACAUCAAUUGACUCACCUUUCUUCAGAUAUGAUCCCUUGAAUGAUUCAUAUCAUCAAGACAUGGAGGGUAAUGGCGUGAUAUGUUCAGCUGUUGACAUUCUUCCAACAGAGUUUGCAAAAGAGGCUUCCCAACAUUUUGGGGACAUACUAUCCCAAUUUGUCGGCAGUUUGGCUUCUGCAACAGAUAUUACGAAGUUACCUGCACACUUAAGAAGGGCUUGCAUAACUCACGGAGGAACCCUUAACUCUUUGUAUGAAUAUAUUCAGCGUAUGCGAAACUCUAAUUCAGAAGAAAUAUCAGAAAAUGUAGAAAGUUGCCACUCUAACAAAAAGAAAUACUAUAUUUUGGUAUCUCUUAAUGGUCACUUAUUUGAUCAAUUUCUGAUAAAUGAGGCCUUGGAUAUUAUUGAAGCUGCUGGUGGCUCCUUUCACUUGGUUAAAUGUAAAGUGGGUCAGAGUGCUAACGUCAUGUCAUACUCAGAACUUGAAGUUGGUGCAGAUGAUAGGGCGGUGCUGGAUCAAAUUAUUGAUUCCUUGACUUCUAUAGCCAAUCCGAAUGAAAAAUCUGGGAUUCUAAAUCAAGAAACAAAUAAGAUUUCACUGAAGGUUGGUAAAGUCCAGGAGAGUGGCAGUAAGAAGGGACAUGAAAUGAAAAGGAAGACUGCAGUUCUUAUUCUCGGUGCGGGACGGGUCUGUCAACCAGCUGCUGAGCUGUUAGCAUCAACUAGAAGUUUUUCAUCCCACCAACGAUAUAAAGCAUGCCUGAAAGAUGAUUUCAUAGAGCAGAAUGAUGUUCAAGUUAUUGUUGGAUCUCUCUACCUAAAGGAUGCAGAAGAGAUCGUUGAAGGCAUUCCUAACGCAACAGCUGUUCAGCUUGAUGUGAUGGACUGUGGAAGUCUUGCUAAGUAUAUUUCACAGGUAGAAGUCGUCGUAAGUUUACUGCCUGCUAGUUGUCACAAUUAUGUGGCAAAUGCAUGCAUCAAGCUUAAAAAGCAUCUCGUUACUGCUAGCUAUGUUGAUGAGUCCAUGUCCAUGUUAGAUCAAAAGGCAAAGAGUGCUGGUAUUACAAUUCUGGGAGAGAUGGGUCUGGAUCCUGGAAUAGAUCAUAUGAUGGCAAUGAAGAUGAUUAACCAAGUUCAUGUUCGAAAGGGGAGAAUAAGGUCUUUCACUUCUUAUUGUGGGGGACUCCCAUCCCCAGAAGCUGCUAACAACCCAUUAGCAUAUAAAUUCAGUUGGAAUCCUGCAGGAGCUAUUCGGGCUGGGCAAAAUCCUGCUACUUAUAGAUCUCAUGGUGAAACUUUAUAUGUUGAGGGGGACGGUCUUUACGAAUCAGCUGUGAGACUUCGGAUACCUGAUCUUCCAGCUUUUGCAUUGGAGUGUCUUCCCAAUCGUAAUUCUUUAGUUUAUGGGGAAUUAUAUGGAAUCGGAAAUGAAGCAGCAACCAUCUUCCGUGGAACCCUGCGCUAUGAAGGGUUUAGUGAGAUAAUGGGGACGCUUGCAAGAAUUGGUUUUUUCAGUACUGAAACUCAUCCAAUUCUUGAGGGUGAAAAGAGACCGACUUUCAGAACACUUUUGCAUGAACUUCUCAAAAUUAAAACUGAAGAUAUGGAUGGACCUCUGAUAGCAGAGAAGGUCAUCACUGAAAGGAUUGUCUCACUUCGACAUUGCAAACAGCAAAGAACUGCAGUAAAGGCGGCCAAAACUAUCAUAUUUUUGGGAUUUCACGAGCAUACAGAAAUUCCUGUUUCCUGCCAAAGUGCACUUGAUGUUACUUGUCUUCGUAUGGAAGAAAGGUUAGCCUACUCCAGCACAGAACAGGAUAUGGUGCUUUUGCAUCAUGAAGUGGAGGUAGAUUUUCCAGAUCGCCAACUAACUGAGAUUCAUAGGGCCACUUUAUUGGAAUUUGGGAGGACAAAGAACGGGAAAACCACCACUGCCAUGGCUCUCACUGUUGGUAUUCCAGCAGGCAUUGGUGCUCUGCUCUUACUAGAAAACAAGAUCAAGACAAGAGGCGUCUUAAGGCCUAUUGAACCUGAAGUAUAUGUACCAGCACUGGAUUUCUUAGAGGCCUAUGGAUUCAAGUUGAUGGAGAAGAUAGAUUGACAGAUUAUUGCCCUGAUUAUUUCCUGAAGUGAUACAGAUUUCAAACUGGUGAAAAUUGAAAUCCAGAGUCAAAAGAUGAUAUGCUUAAAAUGUUAUUGCUACUGCAUAAUUCAAUGUAAUAAAGUCAAUUCAGGUGAAACUGCUGGAAUCCAAAACCUCUGUAGAUCCAGACACCAGGAAAGAUUGUACAGUAUCUUUAUGGUCCUGGAAGAACUUCCAUGAGUGUGAUCAACUAAUUAAUAAUUAAGUCAACAUACGGUUCAUUUGAUUCAA